GCGAAGCACAUAAAAUCCGAUGCUCUCACCUCGAUUGGUCUCAUCCCAUGCACAAUAACACUUCUCCCUCUCCAUCUUUCUCUCGCAACCCAUAGCCAUAGCCACAGCCACAAAAUGUACAGAAACAAGGUGCUGUUGCUGUUAGUGCUACUUUGCGCCACUUGUCAUGUCGCCUUGUCGGUCACCGACGGAUUAUUGCCAAAUGGGGAUUUUGAGCAUGGACCAAAGCCAUGGCAAAUGAAAGGAACAGUAGUAACAGCCAAGAAUGCGAUCCCUAACUGGGAAAUUUCAGGCUACGUUGAGUACAUAAAAUCAGGACAAAAACAAGGUGACAUGUUGCUAGUUGUGCCUGGUGGAGCUUUUGCAGUUAGAUUAGGUAAUGAAGCUUCCAUUAAGCAGAAGAUUAGUGUCACAAAAGAUAGCUAUUACUCAAUAACUUUCAAUGUGGCUCGCACUUGUGCCCAAGAGGAGAAACUAAACGUCUCCGUUUCACCAAAUCUGGAACCAAAAGAUUGGGGAAUUUUACCAAUGCAAACAGUGUAUAGUAGCAAUGGAUGGGAUUCUUAUUCCUGGGCUUUCCAAGCUGAUGCUUCUGAAGUUGAGAUCUCUAUCCAUAACCCCGGUGUUGAGGAGGACCCUGCCUGUGGCCCUCUUAUUGAUUCAGUAGCAGUCAAGUUCCUGUCUAACCCUAAACGUACUAGAGAUAACUUACUAAAGAACGGAGAUUUUGAAGAGGGACCUUAUGUGUUCCCCAACACAGACUGGGGGGUCCUAAUUCCACCCCACAUUGAAGAUGAUCACAGUCCCUUGCCUGGUUGGAUAAUUGAAUCUCUUAAGGCAGUGAAGUACAUAAACAGUGAACACUUCAAAGUCCCACAAGGCAAAAGAGCUAUUGAACUUGUUGCAGGAAAAGAAAGUGCCCUAUCUCAAAUUGUUAAGACCAUUCCCAAAAAGAGCUAUGUCCUGACUUUUAAUGUAGGUGAUGCUAACAAUUCAUGUGAAGGGUCACUUGUAGUGGAGGUAUAUGCCGGUAACGAUAAAAUUGAAAUUCCUUACGUAUCCAAAGGCAAAGGAGGGUUCAAGCCAGCUAGAUUCCAGUUUCAAGCUGUUUCGACACAUACUAGGCUUAUGUUCUUGAGCUCAUUUUAUACCAUGAAAAGUGAUAACUCUGGUUCCCUGUGUGGUCCUGUAAUAGAUGAUGUGAAAUUGCUUAGUGUUCGUAGGCCUAGGCAUCUUCUGUGAUGAAGAUUAGUUAUUUAAUUGCAUUGCUUAUGCAAUUAUACCAAUGUUCUUGAUCUUUUUGAGUUUAUGUUUAUGCAAUUAAUGAUCAAUAUGUUAUACAUACCAUAGGAUUCUUGUAAUGGGAAGGAAGGAGAUUGCUUGAUAGUUGA